AUGUCUAGCACCACCGUUACGACAACCUCGGCCGCCGAGGUGGUUGGCCAGCUGAGCUUUGACACCUCGAUCGAUUACACCGUUGACAAGAAAAUUGAGAUGAGAUCAAGAUUCGAGAACGUCUUGGUUGCUAAAUGCUAUCGCCAGUAUAAAUAUUCGCACUACCUCCCACACUUCCAGCCGGGCUUGCAGCCUCCCCUGGAGGAGUUCCGGCACGAAGAUGUCGGGUUGCGUGCCGAUCCCAGCAAGGCUUCCCUGCUGGGUGCUGCAGGUUCCUCGUUCCAGGACAUCACGCCUGCGAUCGGUACUGAGGUCCGUGGGAUCCAGCUGAGCAGCCUUGAUUCGAAGCAGAAAGAUGAGCUAGCCCUCCUGGCGGCUGAGAGGGGCGUUGUCGUCUUCAAAGACCAAGACUUUGUCGACAUCGGCUUUCAGAAGCAGAAGGAGUUCGCUGCUCAAUUCGGACCCUUGCAUGUGCACCAGAACGGUGGCCAUGUCAAGGACCAUCCUGAGCUCUUGGCAAUCUACCGGGACCUUACGGCUGGCGCGGUAGACAACCAGAUCAAGGACAACGUCAGCAGUAUCAAGUGGCAUACCGACAUGUCCUAUGAGAUAAACGGCAUGGGUACUACCAUCUUCUUGGCGCUCGACACCCCCAAGACGGGAGGUGACACCUUGUACCUGUCUACGGUUGCCGCGUACAACGCCCUGUCGCCUCUUUACCGCGAGAAGCUUCACGGCCUCGAGGCGACGCACUCCGGCCUUGACCAGGCGCGCGUGGCUGACCACAAGGAGAGGUUCAUCCGCGAGCCAAUCGAGACCGACCACCCGGUGGUUAGGACGCACCCUGUUACCAAGUCCAAGUCACUGUACGUCAAUCGCCUAUACACCCGCCGCAUCAAGGGUCUCAAGGAAGAAGAGAGUGCAAACAUUCUCAACUUCCUCUACAACCACAUUGAACAUGGACAAGACUGGCACAUUCGCGUGCACUGGACGCCCGGAACGGUGGUCGUCUACGAUAACCGCGUCACUCAACAUUCUGCUCUUCGCGAUUUCCAAGUCGAGGGUGCAACUCGUCGGCACAUGCUUCGUAUCACGCCCCAAGGAGAGAGGCCAUACUUUGAUGGCAGCGUGUAA